UACACAAACCGCCGUCCCGAAUCCCAGCUGAUUUUCCUUCUCGCGUCUUCCGCCUCCUGAUACAAUCAUACAACGCAUCUCUGUUCUUUCCUUUCCUUCUUCCUUGGCCAUUAACCCUAGAAUGACAAAUAUAUCCAGCCUUUAAUACAAAACUCAACGGUUAUGUCCAAAACCCAUCACAAGGGCUGGUAGGGAAAGGACGAGGGCGCGCAGUGCACCACUCUGCAUCCCAGCCGUUUCCCGCGUCGUUGUUCUUCUGAUAAUCAAGUUGGUUGUUUGUGACUUAAAGAUUGAGGGAAUGGAUUCUGACGAUGAACAAGGUUACAAACCUCCUCCAGAAUUUCAGUUAGAGGCCAAGGAACCACUCAUCGAUCUUAGUUCGACAGACUCCACAGAACUUUGGCUCAUUCGGUUGCCACCUAGGAAACCACUUCCUGGAGUGGAUGGGCAGGAAGUUUCACUCCAGCUUCAUCAUGAUGGACAGUCGGGCAGUUUUGAGGAUAAAUCGGGAAAAGUUUGUGAUCUCAGCUUUGUGGCUCAAGAGUCAAAUGCAACAGUUUUUCUUAACUCUGAAUCAGAGUCAAAAAUUGUUGGGAAGAUUUCACGUCUCGUUUCCCUUAUCUAUGAGCCAGAGCCUGAAGAAAUUCAAAAACCCAAUUCCAACAAUUUGAGACAUUUUCAGAAAUCUAGGGGAUUGUCAUUGACAAAUUCUUCCCGACAAUUUUCUACGCAAAGUACUAUGCUUAGAAGCUCACAAUUGACAAGUGGACAUCCGGCUUCCACACAUAGUAGCAGACAGAGAAGUUCCUUAUCUGAAGUUGGGGAGCCAUCAAAGACUCCAAAAAGAAGACGUGUGCAUGAUUCCCCUGGGUCUGUGGAGCGCUCUACUCAAGACUCAGGACGAGGUCAUAGUGCAGUUACUUCAUCAGGGGGGUCUUCCGGGCGUUCUCAUCACCAUAAAUCAAAGAAGAUGAAGAUAGUUAAGAAUGAGGAGUAAGGUGCCUUUCCUGCAUUCUUCAGUAAUUAAUUACCUUUCCCAACUAUGCAAAAUCUUUGUUUUCUUUUUUGGGGAAGUGGAGGUGCUAAAUCAUCAAUGCUGCUUUUGCAUCAUGAUUUACAAAUUUUCUAGUUCAUUAUGUAUUCUUGGAAUGCGGACUCUUGAAUACUUAAGAAAAUUGAUCGAGACGCUGGUGUGAGAAAAAUUAAAUAUUUUCUGCUCUUUUAUUUCCUUGUUC